UGUACCAACUACCAAUCCUCUUUAAUACAUACCACCAGCCCAAAGAAUUCCAUGCGGAACAGAACGCCCAUCUCUCUCUCUCCUUCUCUCUCCUCUACUCUCCCACCUCCAGUAUACUGACACAAUCUCCUCCCUAUCAAAUCCCAUUCCUCUCUCUCUCUCUCUCUACGCAGCCAUGGGAUCCUUCGAAAUCGAAUCAUCAGACCACGCAGCAACAACCAACCCCGAAGACCACCAAGCCAUCGACGAAGACGAACAGUCCCCGGUCGAGGAGGUCCGACUGACCGUAUCCAACACCGACGACCCGACCCUGCCCGUAUGGACGUUCCGCAUGUGGUCCCUCGGCCUCCUCUCCUGCGCCCUCCUCUCCUUCCUCAACACCUUCUUCGCGUACCGGACCGAACCGCUCAUCAUAUCCAUGAUCUCGGUCCAGGUCGCCACCCUCCCCGUCGGCCGGUUCAUGGCCCGGGUCCUGCCGGAGAAGAAGCUUCGGAUCGGGUCGAGGGAGUACUCGGUGAACCCGGGCCCGUUUAACAUGAAGGAGCACGUCUUGAUAUCGAUUUUCGCCAAUGCCGGGGCCGGGUUCGGUGGCGGGACGGCUUACGCUGUGGGGAUUGUGAAUAUCGUGAAGGCUUUUUAUCACCGGAAAAUCUCGUUCUUGGCCGGGUGGAUUCUCGUCAUCACUACUCAGGUACUGGGAUAUGGUUGGGCUGGAAUCCUGAGGAAGUACGUGGUGGACCCCGCAUUGAUGUGGUGGCCGAGCAGUCUCGUUCAGGUUUCCCUUUUCAGGGCUCUCCAUGAGAAAGACAAGUCGCGAAUGUCGCGAGGGAAGUUCUUCGUUAUAGCCCUUGCCUGUAGCUUCUCGUGGUACCUCUUCCCCGGCUACCUCUUCCCUACCCUGUCAAACAUUUCAUGGGUCUGCUGGGCCUUCCCAAACUCUGUCACGGCACAGCAAAUCGGUUCAGGAAUGAAAGGCCUUGGCAUUGGAUCAUUGACCCUCGACUGGUCAGUCGUAGCCUCAUACCUUAGCAGCCCACUCAUAACCCCGUUCUUCGCCAUUGUCAAUGUCUUUGUGGGGUACACGAUAGUGCUAUAUUUGGUGAUCCCCCUGUCCUACUGGGGGUUGAACUUGUACCAGGCCAAGAGUUUCCCUAUUUUCUCGUCGCAUUUGUUCAAUGCCCAGGGACAGCUAUAUAAUGUUACAGCGAUUGUUAAUGAUAACUUUGAGAUAGACAUGCCGGCUUAUGAGAAGCAGGGAAGGAUAAAUCUCAGUGUGUUCUUUGCACUGACUUAUGGGAUUGGUUUUGCGGCUGUUGUCGCUACCCUCUCACAUGUCGCCUUGUUUAAUGGAAGGGAAAUAUAUGACCAAUUCCGAGAAUCAUACAAAGGGAAGAAGAUGGACAUUCACACAAAACUAAUGAAGAAAUAUGAGGAUAUACCCAACUGGUGGUUUUACCUAAUGCUUGUAAUUUCAUUUGUUCUUUCUCUUGCACUUUGCAUCUUCAUGAAAGAUCAGGUUCAAAUGCCGUGGUGGGGUCUGGUUUUCGCUGCAGGCCUCGCGUUGCUUUUCACCCUCCCCAUCAGCAUCAUAACUGCCACAACUAAUCAGACACCAGGACUAAAUGUCAUCACAGAAUAUAUAAUGGGGGUCAUAUUACCAGGAAGGCCCAUAGCCAAUGUCUGCUUCAAAACCUAUGGUUACAUAAGCAUGAGCCAAGCAGUCUCCUUUCUCAAUGAUUUCAAGCUAGGCCAUUACAUGAAAAUCCCACCGAGAUCAAUGUUCAUUGUGCAGUGUGCCGGAACCAUCAUAGCUGGAACCAUCAACAUGGUCACGGCAUGGUGGCUACUAACCUCCAUCAAAAACAUAUGCCAAGACAACCUACUCCCUCCAAACAGCCCCUGGACUUGCCCUGGCGAUCGCGUCUUCUUCGACGCCUCUGUCAUCUGGGGCCUAGUGAGCCCCAAACGCAUCUUCGGAAGCCGAGGGAACUACAGCGCCCUCAACUGGUUCUUCCUAGGCGGCGCACUGGGUCCCGUCCUCGUCUGGGGUCUCCACAAGGCCUUCCCCAAACAAAAAUGGAUCACAAUGAUAAACCUCCCCGUACUCCUUGGGGCCACCGCGUCUAUGCCACCGGCAACGACAUUGAACUUCAACAGCUGGAUCUUCGUCGGGACCAUCUUCAACUUCUUUGUUUUCAGGUACAGGAAGGGGUGGUGGCAGAGGUACAAUUACGUGCUCUCGGCCGCGCUGGAUGCGGGGCUGGCUUUCAUGGGGGUGCUGCUGUAUUUCUGUCUAAGCAUGGAGAAUGUGAGUUUGGACUGGUGGGGAGCUGAUGGGGAGCAUUGUGGCUUGGCUUCUUGUCCUACUGCUAAAGGGAUUGCUGUUGAUGGGUGUCCAGUGAAAUGAUUGUUUUAUGUUAGUACCACGUUCGAAGGGAAUUGAUUUAUACCCUCUUUUUAUUAUAUACACUCUUUUUUUGUCUUUAUUUGGUGUGAAUUUAUUCUAUUGCCCCUUAA